GCCACACACUAAACCAAAAACAACAAAACAUAAAAAAUUAGUCUCUCUGUAUGGCCGCCGUGGAAGCUAAAGCUGUCUCUCUUCCAGUGCCUAGCGUCCAGCAGCUGGCCAAGGAAAACCCCGCCGUGGUUCCAAGCCGGUAUAUCCGACAGGAUAUCAAAUCUCCGGCACCGGAGAAACCACCUUGUUCUCCCACGGAUGUCCCGGUGAUUGACAUGCAAAAGUUAGUUUCUGAGGAAUUUUCCGGGGAGGAGUCGCCGGAGCUUCAGAAGCUGCACUGUGCCUGCAAGGAUUGGGGUUUCUUUCAGCUGAUAAAUCAUGGGGUGAGGUCUUCAGUGGUGGAGAAGGCGAAACGUGAGGUCCAGGAGUUUUUUAAUCUGCCAUUGGAAGAGAAGGAGAACAAGUAUGGGAUAGCGGAAGGGGAGAAAGAAGGGUUUGGUCAGCACUUUAUUGUGUCUCAAGAGCAGAAGCUGGACUGGGCAGAUAUGUUUUACAUUAAAACCCUACCGACCCAUAUAAGAUCACCUAAACUUUUUCCAAAGCUGCCACAACCUUUCAGGGAUACUAUAGAAGAGUACUCAGUUGAAGUACACAAGGUUGCCAUGAAGGUCCUAAACCUUUUGGCAAAGAAACUGGGAAUAAAAGCUGAAGAAAUGAGAAUGCUUUUCGAAGAAGGAAUGCAAUCAAUGAGGAUGAACUAUUAUCCACCAUGUCCCCAUCCAGAGCUUGUGAUGGGUCUCAGCCCUCACUCCGAUCCCGGUGGUUUAACUAUCCUCCUUCAAGCAAAUGAAACAAAGGGUCUCGAGAUCAAAAAGUAUGGAGUUUGGAUUCCUAUUGUGCCAAUCCCUAAUGCCUUCAUUGUUAAUGUGGGAGAUUCUGUGGAGAUCUUUACGAAUGGAAUUUAUCGUAGCAUUGAGCAUAGAGGAGUAGUAAGUCCAGACAAGGAGAGGGUAUCCAUUGCAACAUUUCACAGCCCAAAGAUGAAUGCUGAAUUAGGUCCAGCUACCAGCCUUAUCACCCCUCAAACCCCAGCAAAUUUUAAGAGGAUUAAUGUAGCUGAUUUUUACCGUCUAUUUUUUAAAUGUAAAUUGGAUGGUAAAUCUCGUAUUGAAAGGUUAAGGAUUGCCAACGACUAUGGAGGUAAGAGCUAAGUCUAACCUUGUUCUUUAUUGUAAGACUCCUAAUAAAUGUUUAAUAAAAAUGGAACUUUGAGUGCAUGUAAUUUAA